AGUCGCUCGUCACGGACGAGAUGCCACUCCUGAUCCAAAGCUUAUCCUUUCAUUCACUGAAAGUCCGAGGUGCCAACAAGAAGGUGUCCAGGAUAAUUCCUCGAGAUCACCACGCUCUCAAGAUCCAAUGGCAGCAAAAUCUGAUCGCAUAGAGUGGACCAGUGGUCUGUGCGACUGCUUUGAGGAUGCAAGCACUUGCUGCUAUGGUUUCUGGUGCUGCCCUUGCCUUGCCUGCACUGUUUCAGGACGAUUUGGAGAAAACUACUGCCUCCCCUUAUGUGACGUAGCGAGCGCUUGGACGGGAACGCUCUAUGGCUUCCCUCUGUGCGUUCCUCCUGCAGUAUUGUCUAUGAGGGCGUCCAUGCGAAAUAGAUACGGCAUCAAGGGAUCUCUCUGUAAGGACAUCGCCGUCGCCUGUUUCUGCCAGUUGUGCGCCUGGUGUCAGAUGCAUCGCGAGUUAAAGAAUCGCGAAAAAGCACCCACCGUCAUUAAUAUGCAGCACCAGACAGUUUACAACAUGCAGCCUCCUCCAGUGGUGGUGAUGAACACGAAUCCGCCUGCGCCUGGUUUUGUGACCCACUCAGUCGUCGUGACUCAGCAAUGAGACUUGUGGAGAUUUAAUUGGAUUUUUCCGCUGUUUGUUUUGGUCUAGACAUGUGUUCACCAGAUAUAUAUGUGUUGGCAUCAGUGUGUGAGGGACAAGUAUUUGUAAUUACAGUGAAUGAAAGUCAAAACAAUAACAAGUCUGAGUUUGACCUGAAAAUUAAGAUCGGUUGUGAAGUGAUUUUUAGUCUCUUUUGCAGUUUUAAUACUAAUUUCAAUGUCUUAGCUUUCCUCUUACAGCAAAUAAAAAUAUUUUUUCAACCAAUAAUAAAAAUGAUUAAAUCCUUGUCAA